UAAACGACAUAUUUUAAAAAAUUUUGGAGAAAUAAUUGAUUGAAAUAUUAAUUGAUUUAUAGCUCAUAUGCUUUCUCCGGCUCUUCCUAUGAUAUUGCCCACAUUUUGCCUAAUCAACGUGAUAUUCGAUUCGUUUUAUAUACGACCAUAUAUUCUUGUGAAUGUGAGAUUGCUUUAUUAGUAAAUGUGACAGUGUACUAAAUAAUAGAUUUGAAAAAUUUGUUCUAUUCAAAUGUAAUUUGAAGCAGGCAAUUUUUAAAAAUUUGUUCUUUCCUUACAUAUUUGUGUAGAAUGUAAUGGUUUAUGUAUUUGACUAGGAAUCAUAAUUGAAGUGUAAUUAUAUAUACUGGUGUUUCUAUACUUUACAGAUAGAGAUACAAGUUGCUCUACAAAUUUUACUAAUUUGUAAUUAUAAUGGUAUAUUGGCUACCAAAGAAACGUUUUAAAAAGAGUAGUAGCUUGUCAUGACUUAUAUACAGACAAAUGUAUUACAUUAACGAGGGAUUUGAAAAGGUACCUUAUGUUUGAUAGCUACUAACAAAUAUGCAGACAACUUAUCUACUAUUAGCUGCACUGUUACCUUUCGCCGUUCAUGAUAUUUGGUAUGCAAGAAUAUAUUUAUUUUGGAUCAUGAAAGUAUCAAUAAUAACAUAUCUUAUUAUAUUUGGGCUUCUGCCUAUUAUAUUUCACUACUCAUAUACCAUACAAAAGAAGAUUCUUUUUUUAAAUUUUGUGCAAUGGCCACUUAAUGUAGAUUUUUCGAAACCAGAAUUAGUUGGAAUGAAAGGAACAAGAAACUUUUAUUUACAAACUGAUCAACAAGUAAAAAUAGGACUAUGGCAAAUAUUACCUCAGUCUUUACUAAAUGAUUCAAUUAUUACAACUGAUGAUGAUUAUGAAACUAUGUUAAAAAAUGCUAAACGACCAAUUUUCCUUUAUAUGCAUGGUAAUAGCGGUAAUAGAGCAAGCAAUCAUCGUUUAGAAUUAUAUAAGCUUUUCCAGAGUUUAGAUUAUCAUGUUGUAUGUUUUGAUUAUAGAGGUUAUGGCGAUAGUGAAGAAGCAGAACUUUCUGAAAUAGGUGUAGUUAGUGAUAGUAAAUAUGUACUUGAAUGGUUAUUAAAAAUAGUAAAUGGUACAGCUCCUGUUUUUGUAUGGGGACAUUCAUUAGGAACUGGAGUUUCAGUUCAUGUAUUGUCAUUAUUAGCAACAGAAAAAGUUCAGCCUGCAGGUUUAUUCUUGGAAUCACCAUUUAAUAAUAUAGCAGAUGAAUUAAGUGAACAUCCUUUAUCACAGAUAUUUAAACAUUUACCAUGGUUCCAUUGGGUAAUUGUUGAACCAUUUUAUAAUAAUUAUCUCCGUUUUGAAUCUGAUAAACACAUAGAAAAAAUCCAAUGUCCUAUUAUGAUAUUGCAUGCAGAAGAUGAUAAUAUUGUUCCAUUUGCUUUAGGUGAAAAGUUAUUUAAAGCGGCAAUAAAUUAUCAUGGAAACAACACAGAUCGCGUUCAGAUGACAAGGAUUGAUGCAACACAUGGUUUUGGACAUAAAUAUAUAUGUCGUUAUAAAAACUUACCUAAUAUAAUUAAAUCAUUUGUACACGAGGCACGUAAAAAUCAGACUGAUUAAAAUAUAUAUUAAAAUGUCAGCAUAUAUGUACCUUCACAUAAGUAUUUUUUACACUAAAUAUUAGUAGAUGAUUAAUAUAGAAUAUAAUGAAUGAAUAUCUUUUAUGCUGCAAGUCAGAAUUAAUACUAUUUUACUGGAACAUGUAAAGUUUAUUUAGUGUAUAAUUGUAUUUUCUGUUUUAAAUGAAGCGGUUCUCAUUAUUUACAUCCCGUAUAGUACAACCUUAAAUGUACUCAUGCUAUAAGUAUAAAAGUGAUAUUUCUUGUACAUGGAAAAAUAUAGUGACGUCAAAGUUCAUGCUGUGAUAGCUGUUUGAAUGCCAUCAACUCAGUACAUAUUUAUUAUCUUAUAUUCUUUUAAUUAAUCCAAUAUAUUUAUAAAUCAACAGAUACUCAUUUUUUUCAAUAUUAUGUUAGGUUUUAUGAUAUGAUAUAAUUAAAUAUUUAUAUCGACAAAUGUAUUAAUAGAAUACCAAUAUACCCUAUGUUCUCUACAUGAAUAAAAAAUAAAGAAAGAUGACAAUACAUUAAGAAACCAAUUUUCUUUGUAAGUUCAUACUUAUUACAAUAAUCUGUAUUGUACACUCAAUAAAAAUUUUAUACGAAUUAUA